UGGACCUUGAAUUCCCGUGAAGUUUUUUGGACAGUCAGUGAACCUCGUGGUCCGAUACGAUACCGACGGGGCCAUCCUCCGAAUUGGCCAUCAUGUCGACAUUUACGCACAGCCUACGGCAGCUAAGAUGUCAAGGCAAACUUUUCCGAGCACCAUGGCCUCAGCCUGCCUUGCAAAGAGCGACUUUUCCCCUCGGUGUACGAAGCAUCGCCAGUGAAACAUCUUCAACGAUCGUCGAACCCAAGCCCGACCCUUUCGCCGUGAUAGAUUCGAGUUCGAAGAUUUCUCUGCCAUUCCAAGAUGUCCAGCAUGCGAGAGCCGUUCCCGUCUCGGCUUCGUACUUCUCUCGGGAACCUCAAUUCAAUGAGAUGUACCUCCGAAUUGCUCGUCUUCUCACCAAAUAUCACACUCUUCCGACACUACCCCCAAGCGCUGCUCCUCCGACAGCUUGGGUAAAGCUCGAUGAAAUGCGAUCGAAACUUGGUGAACCAAUUAAGGCCUCCCACUACGCCAAGGUGAUUCGAGUUGCCAAGCGCCUGAACCAGAUUGAGACCUCACUCUUCCCUGAGGAAGUCCGGGUUGCUCUUGAGGAUUUUAAGCGAGACAUCAACCCUUUCAUGAACGUACCUCAUGAGGUGACAGUCGACAAGUUUGGACGAGCCAUUGGUGUCGGCAAGCGAAAGGAAUCUACUGCUCGGGCUUGGGUUGUGGAGGGUACAGGAGAGGUGCUGAUCAAUGGCAAGACCCUCAGCCAAGCUUUCGGUCGUGUUCAUGAUCGUGAGAGUGCGGUCUGGGCUCUUCAGGCCACUGAGAGAUUAGACAAGUACAAUGUCUGGGCAUUGGUGGAGGGUGGUGGAACAACCGGUCAGGCCGAGGCUCUUACGUUGGCGGUUGCCAAAGCUCUGAUCGUUCACGAGCCAGCGCUCAAAACUGCUCUUCGAAAAGCUGGGUGUAUCACCAGAGACCCAAGGACAGUGGAGAGGAAGAAGCACGGCCAUGUCAAGGCACGCAAGAUGCCCGCCUGGGUCAAGCGAUAAGCAAAUUUUGCAGAGUUGACAUUUCACGACUUUGGAUUGAGCAUGUUGCUGUGAUCAUGAUGAGAAGGGUGGUGAGCGGGGCGCUCAUCCAACCUCAUGUAUAAACAAUACCUUUGUAGUUUUAAAACCCCAUGCCCGGCCUUCGAAAGAAGCUGUAAUGUUUGGAUUGUGAUCGUGUGGACGGGCAAUUAUGGCUGGUACCCGUCAUGAAAAGCACUCCGGUUCCUCGGUGGUUCAUAUCGUGUCGGUUCGAAAUAACAGUUGGUGCACUCGGACAAAUGUAACCAUAGAUCUCAGAUGAGCUGAUGCGGCAUCACGUCUCCGGCUCCUCGGGCUCCGGAAAGUCGUACCUGUUCAUCACAUGGGAAUCCUUGUUGCAAGAUGUCAACGCUUCUUUCACGCGCCCUGAAGAGUAUUUAAUGACAUGCAGGGGGUCAACGAACUUUGAGAACCCCAGCCUUCUUCAUGUGCGUAUAAGACAUUUUCUGAC